UACCGAUAGUUUGCUUGCUUUUGUGAGAUCUCGCGAGAUCUCGCACAGUGACCCUUCCCGGGCAUCGCACAAUCCCUCCACUGAAUGUAAAGAUACCGGUCGCUUGCUAGCGGUAAAAUUGGUUACAGCAUGUUUAAGUUACAGCGUGGAUGCCGAGGACAUUGACGUGAGAUAGCGUUGCUUCCCCAGUCUAGUUGACUAACGUUAGCUGCGUUACAAGACAGUAACGGUAAUAGCUAUGUCGAAAAGAAAACACAACGUUACUCCCAACACUGAAGAAACAGAUUGGUUGAGAGAAAAUGUUCCAAGACGUACUUUGACAAGAUGGAAAAAAAGGUUUGUGCUACGUUUAUUUCUUAAUGCUGGUGUAAUUAAUAUAGUAACAGUUAACGUUACUGUCGACUGUUUCCUCAGGAAAAUCAACAAAACUUUGAGUGACAUUGAAAAACACACUGCUCAACGACAUGAAAUUGAUGAAGAUGCCAGCCAAAGCAAAGAGCAGAGAGCAGAACCGUUCACAUUAACACAGGAAAUUGAUGAAGAUGCCAGCCAAAGCAAAGAGCAGAGAGCAGAACCGUUCACAUUAACACAGGAAGUUGAUGAUGAUGCCAGCCAAAGAGAAGAGCAUAGAGCAGAACCGUUCACAUUAACACAGGAAAGUGAUGAAGAUGCCAGCCAAAGAGAAGAGCAGAGAGCAGAACCUUUCACCUUGCCACAGGACAAUGUACCCCAAGCAAUAGAUGAUGUCCACACCCAUGGACUAACGGAAGAGCAAAGUUGCAUCUCGAUUCUCUCCUUUGCAUUGAGACACAACACUACAGGUGUAUUGAUGGAAGACCUGCUGAAACUUUUAAAGUUACAUUCUGCUGGGACAAGUGCAGUUCCAGCAAGCAAGUAUUUUUUGGAGAAACCAUUAGCUGGUAUUGUAGAUCAAUUUGAACAACAUCAUUACUGCAGCGUAUGUACUAAGUACCUUGGCACUUCACAGUCACAAGAAGAAACACUUACAUGCGUGUCAUGUUCCUCAUCCAUAACAGUAAAAGCCAGUUUACAGGAAGGACAUUUCUUUAUCAGUAUUCCAUUAAAGGACCAACUGAAAGAUAUUCUUGAGAAUCAGGGUAUGCAUGAUCUCUGUUUUCCUGCUGAUGACAGUAGUAGACAAGUAGUAAAUGAUAUAUGUGAUGGCACCUUAUAUCAGGCCUUGCAGUCAAACAGUGAAGAGGAUUUCCUGUCCCUUACAUUUAAUUGUGAUGGUGUACCAGUCUUUCAGUCCUCUAAAUUUAGUAUUUGGCCAAUACUGUGCUGUGUUAAUGAGAUACCCCCUGAGAGUAGAGAUAAGCAUGUACUUUUAUGUGCUUUGUGGUUCGGUUCCAAAAAGCCAGACAUGACCUGUUUCUUCAAACCAUUUGUGGAGGAAUGUGCCAAUCUUUCACAAACUGGUUUUAAGUGGCAUCAUCCUAUUGAUCAGUCAUGGAGACACGUGAAGGUGCAUCCAUUGUGCUGUGUGUGUGAUGCAGUAGCAAGGCCUUUACUACAGAAUUUUAAGCAAUUUAAUGGUGAAUAUGGCUGUGGAGUCUGCCUUCACCCUGGGGUGCAAACGAGGAAAGGACAAGGAAACUCAAGGGUUUACACAUGUUCAGAUGAAAAACCAAGUGACAGAAAUCACAAAACCACAGUAGAAAUAGGACAAAUUGCUGAAAAAGAAGGGAAGACUAUAUUGGGCAUAAAGGGCCCAUCUGCCAUUGUAGAUUUAGCAAAGUUUGAUCUAAUCAAUGGGAUGGUCCCUGACUAUAUGCACUGUGUGUUGCUUGGCGUGUGUAGACAAAUGGCGACUUUAUGGAUCGAUUCUAAGAGCUAUUCUGAGCCAUGGUACAUUGGCACACAAACAGCAAUCAUGGACAGACACCUCUUGUCUAUAAAGCCACCAGGUAUUGUUGCUCGAGUUCCAAGAUCUCUCACUGAACGCAAGUUCUGGAAAGCCCAUGAGUGGCAACACUGGCUUCUGUAUUAUAGCUUGCCAGUUCUGAAAGGCAUACUUCCACAGAAGUAUCACUCUCAUUGGGCGUUACUGAUAGAGGGCGUAAGCAUUCUGUUGGGAUGUGAAUUAAGUACAGAGCAGAUAAAUCACGCCCAUGAUGCAUUAGUAUACUUUGUUGGAGGUGUGCAAGCGCUGUAUGGGGAAGGGCACAUGACAUUCAAUGUUCAUUCACUUCUGCAUUUAAGCCAGAGUGUUGUGCAUUGGGGUCCAUUGUGGGCCCACUCAGCCUUUAUGUUUGAAGCUUUCAAUGGAUACCUCCUGAAACAAGUAAAAAGUAGUCAAGCUGUACCACAACAAAUAUGCAAACGAGUAAUGUUGUCCCGGGCUUUUCCCCGUUUAGCAAAACAGUUCCUAACAAAUGCACCAGCAGAAGUUAAAGAUUUCUGUAAUGAAAUGAGAACCGAAAAGCAUCAUGUCAAGAAGUUUGCAAAGUUUGCUGAGGUGACUGCCCUUGGUCCACCAAAUGUAAGAUUAAUAUCUGUUGGUGAUCAAGCUGCUCUCCACACAGUGAAACAGGUUCCCACAAACUAUGUGGUGAAUUACUACAAGAGAAUUGCUGUAAAUGGAGAAGUUGUACAUGGACAUACCUACAGCAAAACAAAACAAAGAAACAACUCUAUUGUACUUUUGAAGGAUGGGAGUAUUUUUAGAGUCUCCCACUUUGUUGACAUGGGUGAUCAGUGUUUAUACGCCAUAGGGAACUAUGGUAAAUGCACAGUGCAGAAGUUAGCCAGAGGUUCUCUUAUCAAAACUCCACUGAGCUAUAUGUCAACGGUGCACUUUCCCACAGGCUUUCACAAAGCCAUAAACACUACUCAGGUAGUUGGACCAUGUAUGUAUAUUCAGUGUCCACAGUCCAGCUCGAUUGUAUGUCGGCUGCUGAAGACAUAUUACUGUAAAUGAAUGAUUGUGAACUAAAUGUGAAGAUGGUCACCUAUUAAUUUAAGGUCGCUGAGCUGGAAAGUAACUAAUUGCUAUUACUGUUAUUGUAAUUGAAUGUGCUGUGUUGUACUGUGACUGAACUGUAAGUUCUUUAACUUUAAGGUGAGAAACACAAAUCUAUUACCAAUGUAACUAUGAUGAAAUGGCACAUAUCAGGAUGACAAAUACAUUUGUUCUUCUUUGAUACCUUUGCAAUGCAUGUCAUCAACUUGUAUGUAUUUCAAUUAACAUCCAAAAGGACACAAGAGCAAAACAACUUAAAGUUGCAUCUUAAUCAACUUGGGUCAGUUGGGUCAUGUAAAAAAAAAAAAAAAAAAAAAUCAAUUGCCACUUUUCUGAAUUUUAAGUGAAUAUGCAACUUGUGUAAUGUCAUAUGCUAAUUUUGUGAAAAAUUAAAAUCUUUCUACAGCAAGAAAGGAGGGAGUGGGUCUUUUUUAAUCUCAUUUUUAUUUUGCUUGAUAUUGAAUACACAAUGUUGAAUAUUUGCUGCAUACAGAACUUGAAAAAUGAGUUUUGCCUAUUUUGUUAUAUAUCAUUUAUUAUAAAAUUAAAAAUAACAACAAAUAUUCCCCAUGUGAUCAUUUUAGAAAAAAUAAUAAUUUGAGAGAGAAGAAAGUGAACUAAAAACCUGGGUUUCGGAAGUGUUAUAAAAUGUUAAAAAAAAAUAAAAAAUACCCAAAACUCAUUUGGUC